GGAGACGAGAGGGAGGGUGUCGGCCUGGUGUCGGCCCUCAUGGCCCAGUUAGGCAACUUAACUCAAGCUAGACUAGAUCUUGGGCGGUCCCGACCAUCCCGCAUCCAUCUAGGCCCAAGCCCACACGCUCCUCGGCACUCUGCCGCGUCCAGACUCGUCAUCCUCCUGGUCGCCCCCGAUACGCUCCCCACCCUUCGCUCACCAUGCAGCUAAACCUCGCCGAUGCUACCUCACGCGCAAAGAUGGGUGGGUAUCUUACGCACAGAAUACCAUGUACGCGACCUGCUGCAUGCCUGCUGGGCUGAGGUACGGAGUUAGGCAGACGAGCUCCUCCAGCCUCCAUGCUAGACGUCAAGUUACCUGGCUCCCCCGGCCGCCCUCCACAACAUGGGCUCGCUCGAGAGGGUGGGUGCGGCCGGAUGACCUUGUUGCAAUAUAUCUGUGCCACCACCGGUCAAUCCCAUCGACCCUCCCACACGAGUGUUCGAACGUGUAAUCGCUCCCCCCAGUAAAAGAGGCCCAGCCCGCCUCGCUCAGCUCUUUUGCUGUGUCGCGCAUCUGGUCUCACCCGACUGAGCCACCAAGCCAACCCCCCUAUUGCCCCUGUCGGUCUUCAUUUUCCUCCGCCCCCGUCUGUACUACGCGCGCUCCCGCUAUGUAACAGGCGAUCGGUCUUGCCAUCCGUCGCCUGUUUCGUUUAUCAUUGCUUCUUUCCCGGCCGCCUCAUCCUCCUUGUCUCGCGUUUGGCCCCCCUCUUCCCCCAUCGGCCGCCGCAAAAGUGUCUCUCUUUGGAUCCGCCCAAAGCGCCAUCUCCGACCAUGAACUCCCGACCCGGCUUCAGCAUCCGUAGGCUCAUCUCCCAGCGCCGGCCCCGCGGCGCUGAGGACGGAUGUGGCGACUCGGCCCACGAGGCCUUUGUCCGGCCCUCAAAGGACGACCUAGCCAGGCCCAGCAGUCAGCACGGCCAACCAGCCCGGACGUGGAAGAGGUCAAAGAACCCACCUCAGCCCAUCGUCGUGGUCUCGGGGUCCAGGGCGGUCCACACGAUCACGGGCCCUUUGCCUCCGCUGCCCGAUACUCCACGUUCGGCCGCCAGUUCUUUGUGCAGCUGUGACUAUCGGGCUUCGCCUUGGACGCCUGCCAGCUCGACGCCACCGCCUCUUUGUUACAGCCGCUCAAAGACGCCUGACACUUUGUCUCCCCUGCUGUCUCCACGCACCGCGAAGCUGGACGAAAUGGGUCUGCUCCUACAAGACACCACCGACUCUUCGAUCCCUUUGGUUCUGGCUCAGACCUUGUCACCGGUUUUAGACAAGACCAAGUGUAAAGACAGCCAACAAAACUACACCGCAGGCCACCAACAAGCCGUCGAAGACAUGUCGGAAAACGUAAGGCAACUGAUCCGGGAGACGGACGAGGCCUUCAAGGCCGUAGGAGCCGUCCUCUCGGAAGCAAGAUUGGUUUCGCAGCAGUCUUCUUCCCCCGCGACCUCGCCGCACCUGGCUCGCGACUCCAAGUUUGCCAUGGCCUUGGCGCAAUCUCCGCGAUGGCCGGGCUACCGCGCCGGGCCGAGGAGUCCACUAAAGCUCGCAUCGCCUCUGACGUCUCCAACGAGAAGGUCAUCGGUCUCCAAGGCCAAGCGGAGAAAGUCGAAGAAGGGGAGGCGGGGUCAGCAGCAGCAGGAACAGCAGGAGAACAAGCGGCAGCAUGCCGCGACCCCAAAGACGGGCGCACGGUGGACUUUGAGCGAGAAUAUGUCGGAGCUCCUCAACGGCCGCCUCUUCCACCGCCUCGAGGCGGACGAGAUCCAGACGCCGGAUCAGGUGCAGGAGUGGAGGCUGAAGAACAGGCCGUCGCGGCCAGAGGUCCGGACGCAUACUGAGUCCAUCCGGACGCAUACUGAGUCCAUCCGAACGCCUACUGAGUCCAUCCGGACGCCUACCGAGCCCAUCCGGACCGUGGAGAUGGAUGGGAGUGAGACGCCCAUCGAGCCCUUCCACCUGGACGACCUCCCGUCUAGGAUCGGCGCCGCCGGUGUGCGCAUGUCCAUGACCCCCUCGCCUACAGUCGAGGUGGCCAUUUCAAACACAUUCGACUUUGGGCUUGAUGUAGCCCGCAAAGACUCAACAGCAAGUGAGCAGCAGCAGUCGCUGCCAAGGUUGCAAGAGCCGACAAAGGCCGAGGAGAUGCUGUUCCGGGACAUCUCCUUUCCUACACCGCCGCAGAAGAACGCCCUGCGUCAGCAGCCACGUCGACAGCUGCCGCCCCUGCCCACGAUCCCCGAGGUCAUGGUCGCGGGCCCAGACGGGACCCUGAAGAGGGACCAGCAACCGCAGCAACUCGGAAUCCAGUCACAGGCAGCCACGGUACAGCAGAUGCAGGAAAUGCGGCAAGCCAAGGUCACAGACGAGUUUGUCAUGCUCAACUGCAGUCCCUACACGAUGACGAUGCCCACCUUCCGCCACGGGCCCAUCCGCUUCGCAAGGAGCGAACUCAACGUUCUCGACCCCAAGCAGCUGGCCGACGAGACACUCGACUGGACCGCCUUCCAGAUGGCCAUCCUCGGCGGCGCGGGCGACUUUUUCUCGGACAGCAUCGACUUCACCCGCAUGGCGGACGCCGAUGAAGUCGACGAGAUUGCGGGCUGGUUUGAUGGUCUCGGCGUCGGUAGCGUUGGCCACCUGGUCAGCUCCGAGGAGGAAGAGAAGGACUACAGUCACGACGCAGAGAUCAAGGUCCACCAUGCAAGGCACACGAACAUUGGUGAGCAAGCGCAAUCUGAGGGCGAGGAGGAUGGAGGAGAAGACGAUGACGACGACGCCACAGAGCGGGCCGGCUCGGUCGGGGAGCGGAGGAGCGUGCCGCCGGCGCUGGACACGGAGCUGGCGUCCAAGUGCCCUCCGAGCCCCACGGGCACGGCCGAGUACUCGCCCAUCUCGUCGACUGGCAGCUCUAGCGCGUCCACGCAGCCCGAGAUGGUGCAGAUUCACCGCGGCCCGCCGCCGAUCCCGCUGGUGCUGGAGCGGCCGCCGGGGCUCUGGAACCCAAAGUUUGAGCUUACGGGCCAGGGCGUCGGGCGCUGGGUGCUCGAGUCGUCACAGUUGGUGCACGGGCCUGCCGAUGCCGACGGGCUGCUGCGCCCGGGCAAGGGGCGGGUGGGGAGCCGCGAGAGCCUGCCGCAGAGUCCCAUGCUGGACCUCGUCGUCGGCCGCAGCGUCACGGGCGAGGACUACAUUGUGCCCAUGGGCUUCAACCUCGGGCACGAUCUGGGAGACUUUCUCAAAUGGGAGUCGGAGAACGCGUAUGCUGCUGGCUUCUACGGCUGA